AACACUGCUAAUUGCACUUACAAUGCCAGGAUCUCUUUGCUUCCUCGUCGAAGCAUUGCCAUAAAAGAAUCCAACAACGUCUUGGCUCCAGCUUAUGAGUACCAAGGCUUUUGGUUCCGGAGUGUAGCUCUCAGAGGCCUCCUCUGGGCUCAAGAUCACUUCAAGCCUCACCCUGCAGCUACACUAGUUGCUUCCUACCCAAAAACCGGAACCACGUGGCUAAAAGCCUUAACUUUCUCCAUAGCUACUCGAAACAGAUUUGAUCUUUCUAGCAACCCAUUGAAGGCAUCAAUAUCUCAUCAGUGCAUUCCUUUCCUGGAACUUGAGAUACCUAGAAGCCCGUCUCACAAGUACUAUCCUGAUGUUCCGCUCUUCUCUACACAUGUUCCUUACACGUGUUUGCCUGACUCGAUCCCUGCUUCUGAUUGUAAAAUACUUUAUAUAUGGAGGGAUCCCACGGAUACUUUUGUGUCUUGGUGGCAUUUUGCCCGAAAGGUUGCUCCAGAAGACAUGGAAUUCGUUCCCAUUGAGGAGGGGUUUCAGCAGUUUGCUGAGGGGUAUUCACUCUAUGGUCCUUACUGGGAGCAGGGCCUGCUCAAGAGAUUUUGGGGCCUUAGGCCAAUCAUUAAAGUGAGGCCUAUUUUUUCAAAAAAAAUCAUGGGGCCUCUCACCCACGGGGGCCUUAGGCGAUCGCCUAAAUGGCCUUCAAAGAGCGCCGGCCCUGACUGGGAGCAUGUACUUGGGUACUGGAGAGCAAGCCUAGACAGACCCGGGCAAAUAUUGUUCCUAAAAUAUGAAGAUCUGAAACUUAAUACGUCGUUUUAUGUUAAGAAGCUGGCUGACUUCAUUGGCUCUCCUUUCUCGAUUGAAGAAGAAAGAGAUGGCGUCGUGGAAAGAAUUAUAGACCUCUGUUCUUUCAAGCAUAUGAGUGGUCUGGAGGUGAACAAGAGCGGUAAGCAUAGUAAUGGUCUCGAUCUUGUUACUCUUCGGAAUAGUACAUAUUUCAGGAAAGCCGAGGUUGGGGACUGGAAAAAUCACUUGCCUGCUAAAGUGAAAGAGCAGAUGGACCAAAUCAUGGAGCUAAAACUAAAAGAUUCUGGUUUAACUUUCGGGAGCACUUCCAACUCUUAAUAUUGAUCAAAGUUCCAUUCAAAGAAGAGAAUGAUUUGAACUAUUAUUACCUUUCUAGGUUGGUACUUAAAUAAAUUGCUUAAGACUGCAGUUCUGCAUAUAUGGACUGCGGUAUGCAUGUUAUUCUUGUUAAAAUAUAGAAUAAGAUUCAUUUGAGGCCUUACUCUAACCUUUUAAGGUUUUAGAAGGACGGGUUUUCAACAGGGUAUCAGAGUUCAGGUUUGCGUACCUAUUAGGCGAGCUGAUCUUGUAUAACUUUGAUAUUACUAUCUAUUAUUGUGUCAAACCUCUUUGCUUGGAAGGUUAUAGUUGCAUUGUUUUCAACAGAUUGACUGGAAAUGUAACCAAGUAAUGUAAAUGAUGUCGAUCUGCAGAAUAACAGAAAAUUUUCAUUACCAAUUUUGGGAAAGAAAGGAGAAACAC